AUGUCAGGCAACCGGGCCCCAUGGUUUAGCAGCGUGGGCGAGGAGGACGGUGUAGCGGGGCCGACCACAUUACCAAUGAUUGAAGUUGAAUUCCCACCCAUCACAAGUUCCGGCUUGGACGUUGUUAUUCUCAGUGUGGUGCUGCCUCUGCUUGCAACGGCAUGGACAGGAUUGAGAAUAUGGACCCGACGCUUGAGAGGGAUUUCAUUACUUUUCUUAGAGGAUAUUCUCUGCUAUAUUAGCCUGCUGGCAUUUUGGGGCGUGAGCAUCAGCUAUAUCUGCAUGGUCGUUCUCGGGGGUGCUGGAUAUCAUAUGCACCAGCUUCAACUCAUACCUACCGGACGAUACUUGAAAGCUAGUUUCGCAUCUCAGUUACUAUAUGCUAUCAGCUUGGGUUUUGCUAAGAAUAGUAUCGUGGCUAUGCUUAAGCGCAUCUUCUUUGCCCAAUCUUAUGCAUGGAUCGCGAACCUUAUCAUGGGGCUCAAUGUUGUCUGGAUGCUUCAAACCAUCCUAACUUCUUUCCUCGUAUGUCAACCCGUUAAUGUGAACUGGGAUCCAACUGUACAAGGCCACUGUGGCAACGGGAGGGUAGCCUAUGCGUUAUUCAGUAUCUUCGAUAUUAUCACAGAUGUGGCUAUUGUUAUCCUACCCCUUCGAUUGCUUGCGCGUCUGCAGAUGGAGAAGAUAUACAAGAUUGCCCUAAUAGGCGUCUUUGCCUUUGGUCUUGUGACUGUCGUAUGCACAGCUAUUCGCCUUCGCUCUUACUUCGUUCUUGACAUAAAAGAUCUCACCUUCUCUGGGAUCACAGUUAUGGUUACUGGUGUUAUCCAACUCUGCGUCGCUAUUAUAGUUGCAACUGCACCUCUCCUCCGUCCUGUAUUAGACCGUACUAUCGGCCGUUGGUUGCCCCUCUCUAUUGCAAGAAGCUCACCACAUUCGCCUUCUGAUGGCCCUGCCCCUAUGGGUGGCUCUCAGGCCAACAAACCUGCAAAUGCCAGCCUACAAAACGGCAUUCAUACCCGCUCGAGACUUUCACCUGGAGGGAAUAAGAUGUUUCAGAGAAUCACAGAGAGUGAGGAACAUUUGAAUUGGGAGUUGGGCGUAAUGAAUUCUGAUAAGGGGAAAACGUCAACGCAUGUGGGUUCAGACGGCGAGAUCAACGGUGAAAUAGAGAUAGCACCAAUGGGACAUAUUAUGAUAACACGAUCUACAGAAAUUACAGAGCAUCAGCGAGGUCCAUGA